AUGGGUGUGGCCAUCAUCAGCAUUCUCCGGAAGAUCAGUCUGAGUAAGGACACGGCUACGGAAACCGAUACACCUGACAGCCUCAGCAAUCCAACCAACCACAACGCGAGCCGAAAUGAAGCACGUGCGAACACUUUACGUGACACGUCCGAACACAGUAACACCCCUACCACACCCAACAGUACAACCGCUUACGGAUAUCAGGACAGGGUGUGUGGUGGUGCAGAUAGUACGGGCAUACACCAAGGCCAAGUCGUGGGCGAAGUAUCAGAAGCGACUGAGGGGCAUAUGGGAGCGGUGGAUCCGGAUAUACAAGAACUUGGCCGAGUUGUGAGGCUGCCUGCGUGUGUGCGCAUACACUUCCACAUGUUCCUGGGGCGCAUGUUGCUGCUGACGGCAGCGCCGCCGGUGGUUGUACUGGACGUGAGAGAGUUUAGAGAGAUGCUGUGCUCGUUGUGUGCGUGCGAUAAGCGCUGUAUGUCACGGGCUGAUGUACAGACACACACACAUACAAACACACAAACACACACACACACACAUACACAUACACACCCGCGCACGCGUACACACCAUGUGGGUGCGUUACAGACGUACGGCGACAAUGAAGACGAGAACCCUGUGGAUAUCAGCGCAGGCGAUAACUCAGGUAAGAACUCUGUCGCUCUGUCCAACGGCCUGUCGCCAGAUACCGAACUUCUUCCUGCACCCACCGCGACCACGGGGCAGCCAGGUGGACCCGGAGACUGUGAGCCCUACACAGACGCAGAGAGUGUAGCAGCCACACUAGACGAGCGCCAAGAUAUCGUCAUGCAGCUGUAUGCCAUGGGUUGGUGUCAUAGUGCGCGAGUGUCUGACACUCAGCUGCUGCAAUGGCUGGUGGGGGGGGGGCUGUGGCAGGUGGCAGAGGUGGUGUAUAUACAGAUGGGAGAUUUGGAUAAGUAUCACGCACGUUAUGACAAUGAAACAAAUGGAGGUUUGUGA